CAUGGUUACGUUUGACUUACACUAAAUGAUAUGUUUGAAAAGAGUUUCAUUCUAAAAGAGUAGAAUUAUUUCUUCCUCUGAGGUCUCAUACAGUUAAAGAAUGUAGUGCACCCACUUGUCAUACACAUGCAUCUUCCCACUAGAGGUGAAAUUGAGUACAUCUGGUACGCAGUGUUUUAUACUGUAUCAGUACAGUAUAAAACAAUAGAAAACAACUUUAAGUAAAUUCAUUUGAAAUAAGUCCCAGAGCCAGUGUGCGUGCAAGAUCGCAUGUGUGUAUCUGUAAAAGUGACAUUUAUUAUGUCCAUAACCCACAUGAGUAAGAACACAACAAACAUGCAGUCAGCGUUAACCCUCAUCAUCCUAAACCAAUCACGAGGAGGCAAAUGUUUCCCAAAACAGAGAAAGAGUCAACUCUGCAUUCAUCAGUCUGGCUCUUUCACUCUAACGCCCCAGUGGACUGGGUAUGAGGAUGACUGUUUAAUGUUGCGAGAACACAUAAGAGAACAAAACUAAAAGCCCACCAACUUCUUUUUUGUUCGGAACCAACGGGAAGGUGCCUCUAAAUCAUUUCUGGAGGUGACGACUUCUGGUUUCUCCUCAGGAGGGACUCUUGAAGGAGUUUCAAAAGCAAGAACUGGAACUUACUGGAUUUUUAACUACUCGGGUAAUGGAUUAUUCGACUGUUUGGACACUCUAAAACUUUCCCAAGCUUAGGGAGUGACCCUCUACCUUUAGCCCACAUAUAUUAUAUGCGUAUGAGCAGUGGUGGUCAGCACCUGGAGUUGACAGCCUGCUAGUCAAGAACAUCCUAGUUACGGGCCCUUUAGUGACUACUGGAUGCUGUGUUUCUGGACACUGUGCUCCUUUGAAAGUUCUCAUCUGAACGUGUGUAAAAACAAUGGUUGAGGGUGUGUGUGAGCUCAUCGGUGUUUGCCUGGGCCUCAUUGGUCUGAUCGGUGUUUCAGCUGUAACGGGUCUCCCCAUGUGGAGGGUGACGGCAUUCAUCCAGGAGAACAUCAUCGUCAUGGAGACGCGCUGGGAGGGUUUAUGGAUGAACUGCUACCGCCAGGCCAACAUACGCAUGCAGUGCAAGGUGUACGACUCGUUGCUCUAUCUGCCUCGUGAGCUCCAGGCUGCCCGAGGUCUGAUGUGCUGCUCAGUGGCACUGAGCUUUGUGGGAUUGGUGGUAUCCAUGCCAGGCUUACGUAGCGGUUCCUGUUUUUCUGAUCAACCACGACUUAAAUCUCUCAUUAUCGCAAUCGCUGGUGCAAUGGAGAUCAUGGCUGCCAUUUGUGCCCUUGUUCCUGUGUCCUGGACGGCUCAUUCUAUCAUUCAGGACUUUUAUAACCCGCUAUUACUCGAUGCCCAACGCAGGGAACUUGGUGAAGCUCUUUACAUUGGCUGGGUCGCUGCAUUCAUCCUCUUUUCCUCUGGUGUCGUCUUCCUUGUAUGCCGGAAUUAUCAAUCAAAUCAACCCUACCCUGUUUACGCCCCCAAUAGAUUGAUGAUGCCACAUUUCCAACCCCUCAUACCAACCCCAAGCUCGAUGAGCUCCCACCAACCUCUGUUUCUGAACCACAGCUUUUCUUCUCAGCAGCCUUCUCAUUUGGCAUACAAUUUCCCUGCAGCACCCUCUGGUGGCCAAGCUCAACUCUACAACGUUCCUGUAGUUUAUCCUGCUAAUAUGAUACCUGUUCAGCACCACUCAUCUCUGCACAGCUCGCACGACUCAGGAAUGAUCUCCAUACCAAUAAAACCCUUCCAUUCACGCACACACUCUGCCCACCAGAGUGUCCAUUCCACACCUCCUGCUGAUGGGAACUUCGGCACCGGCGGACAGCACACUGUACCUCUUCCACCUGUGGUCGGAAACAAAUGGAAAAGAACCGGAUCACACCAGCUCUCCAGUACACACUCAAGUUCAGGAAUAUAUAUAUGAACAGUUUUUAAUGCAGUGUAAAUAUACAUAUCCUCCAGAAAUAUUUACGUAAUACUUACCAGUAAGAACUUCAUUAGCUAUCAAACACUAGAUGAAUCUGUAAUCUGUUGGGGGUAUUCAGAGUUACAUCAAUAUUUAUGCGGGGUAAAGUUUCUCGUAUUCAGAGUCGGGUUACACAGCUGCUCAAGUCAAUUUUCUGGGCUUUUUCUGGGAAAUGAUCCGCAUCCCAGAGGUUACCAGUGUCCGAGAUCGGGUUUUCAAUAGCGUCUAGACCGCUGCCUUUAAACACAAGACCUAAAGGAAGUACAGAUUCCUCCCGCCGCCUUAAAAAAAAUUCAGGGAUAGAAAAUAUGGACUGAAAAAGGAAAUAGUACAACUAUUAACUAUGCUUCUUAGUGUCUUAUUCGUGUUAUCGUCUCUAAUUCCAAUCGAAAAAGAACACCAUGUUUUCCAUCUACAAUAUGUUAGUUAUUUUUUUCUUUACUUCAUUCUUCAAAUAAUCCUUUUUGCUGGUCUUCAUUUUUUUUGUAGGACAAUUGAAGGACAUUGUGUAGAUGAACGCAGGACAACUGGACAAUGUCUCAUACCGGGCUGGGGGUGUGUGGGGGAAUUUUACUGUAAUAUGUCGUUAAAAUGAUUCUUCUUUUCUUUCAAAGAAUUUGAAUGCUGUAUGUAUGUUAUAUAAGAGCUAAAUUACCGAGAUGCUUUCAUUGACAGGAACGUUUUCAGGACAGAGGAGUUUGUUGCGUCAUAUGCGCAACAGGAAGUCCUCUCUUCUCUUUUGUUUCGGCUUUAUUUUCAGUCACACUGUGAUAUCGGCUGAUGAGAUCACCUUGAAAGCACAACGCUUAAGGAAAUCAUUUGAACGUCCUUAAUGACUCAUGUCAUUUACUGGACAUGGGUGCUACUUAAACAGACAGUAUUUUGUGUAUUUGCAAUUAAAA